AUGCUUUAUCGACGUUCGUGUGGCGUACUUCUCGAAGGGCCGCCGGGCUGUGGCAAGACGCUGAUCGCUAAGGCCUUGUCGAACCAGGCUGGGCUCAAUUUCCUUUCUAUUAAGUCGCCAGAGGUGCUGAACAAAUAUCAGGGCGAAAGUGAGCGUCGAAUUCGUGAGAUCUUCGAAAGGGCAAGGGCCUGUCAACCAUGUUUGAUUUUCUUUGAUGAAAUCGACGCGAUAUGCCCAAAUAGAGACGGCGACGAGGCUCAUGGUUUGUCAUUUUUGUCCCAUCAUAAAUAUUUUUUUGAAUAUGAAUACCGCCAAUUUAGCCGCAGACUUUCAAAUUUUACGUUUGCAUGCAACCCUCCUCAUCUAACUUAUUCAGCUUCGAGGAGAGUUAUCAUUUCUAGGUCUGUCUGUAUUUACUUGGCUCCGCCAGCAUUACAACAUGCAACUUUUCGUAUUUUCUUAGACAUUAGUUUAGAUUUAAGGGCAAACGGGUUUAUUCUCCUAUUACCCAUGCGAUAG